AUGGUUGAUAAUGAUACACAAAUAGUUGAAUCAAAUUCAUCAUCAUCAAUUGGAAAAUUAAGUUCAAUUAUAUUAGAUGAUUAUACAUUAUAUAAAUGUGAAAUAAAUAAUGAUUUAAUUAAUAAUUAUCUUCAAGAUAAACUUUUACCAUUUGAAAAUGUAUCAUGGAAAAAUUCAAUUAAAAAUAAUGUUUUCCAUUCGAAACCAAUUAAACAUCAUUGUGAUUCACGAUUAAAUAAUAAUAAUUUAAAAGAAUUAUCUAAUUCGAUAACAUUUGAAGAACUUUUAUUAAAUUUAUUAAAAAAUGAGAAUAAGAAGAAUUCGCGAUAUAAUUUUGUAAUAACUGGUAAUUAUUUAUCAUUUAUGGAAAUUCCACAUCGUCAUGAAAUAUCAUAUUAUUUACUUUCAAAACAUAUAUCACUAUCAGAUCGUUCAAAUGAUGUUAGAUUUGCUGGAGAAUUUUGGUGUGAUGAAAAGAAUUUAUUUAAAUUAAAUAAUAAUUCAGGUACUUAUACACCAUCAAAUGAUUUAAUUCAACAAACUAUUCAACUUUUUAAUCAAUUAACUCCACAAUUGCAUUUUCAAGGUCUUCCUUAUCAAAUAAGUCUUCGACCUUCGAUCAAAUCUCGUUUUAUUACUAAAACCAAAGCAAAAUUAUCAAUUACAUCAACUUCUUAA